AUUGCAGAACGCCCGGCUCGGCGCCCGCCAUUUUGUGCAAUUUUGAUUUUUGACAUUUGACAAAAGUCUUUUUAGCGUGGGUUGAGUGCCGCAUAAUUUCUUUUUUUGGUUUUCCUUGAGCUUUUACAAAGUGAUAUAAUAGCAAACAAAAGUUUUAAUUGUAUAUGAUUGAAAUAAAUUAAUAAAAGAAGAGAACAUAAUCGAUUAACAAUGGUGGCGCAAACGAAGGUUUUCGUGGGCAGAUUACCAGAAGAUGCUAAGCCGGAGGAACUGCGGAAGCUAUUCGAGCGUUUCGGAGUGGUCACAGAAUGCGACGUCAUGAACAGAUGCGGCUUCGUGCACAUGGAGACGGAGGAGCAGGCCGCCGCCGCUAUCCGCGAUCUUCACAACACCACGUUCAACGGUGGUGUGAUCACCGUGGAAAGGGGCAGGAUUAAGGAGCGAGGUCAGCGUGGCGGCCGCGGCAUGCGCGGUGGUAUGAGAGGAGGCAUGGACCGCCGCGGUGGGAUGCGCGGCGGCAUGAGAGAUGCGCCGUAUCCCAUGCGUGACCGCGGCAUGGGCCCGAUGCGCGACCGGGGCAUGGGACACAUGCGUAGCGCUGCACCCUAUGAUAGAGGCAUGGAGAGGGCUCCAAUGGGCAGUGGCGGCUAUGAUGACAGGUACAAUGGCUAUGGAGGUGAAGAUCGCCGCGGCUUUGCGCUCAUGGAUGGGCGUGGGGCGCGCGAUGCCUACAGCGCACCUCCACCAAUGUAUGCAGACGACAGACAGGGCUAUGGGGCUCCUGUGGAACACAACAUGUACCCCGACGAAAGGGAUAUGAUUGACAGGCGGGCUCCGAUGAGAAGUGCCCCUAUGGCUAUGUCCUCGGGUUAUGACAGAGCGGCCCCACGCGCUGCGCCCAUGGGCACCGACAUGUACAGCAGGCGGUCAGAUCAAUCUAUGGGCUGGGGUGGUGCCGCCGCCGCGGGUAGCUAUGAGAGAGACCCAUAUGCCCAGCAGUAUCCCCAAGCAGGAAGGUGGUGAAGCGUCGGGAGGCGAUGCGCGACGAGGCGAGGAUGACGGCUUGGCGCUGAGCAACUACGCGCCACUCAACGAGCGGUCGACACGAACCGGCACGAUCCGGUACCGGUACCGGCACGCUUCUGAACCGUUCGAUCCGAUGCGUCAUCCUACUCGCGCGCGUGCAUAGUAUUCCCACUACUGCCACAUUUGUCUUACUUCAUAUACCCUAUAAAUCUCUUGGAAAUAAUUGCGAAAUGCCUUUACAAUUUUGACUAAACAAGUGUAUAUGUAACUUCAAAACAAAUUCAUUUUGUAUUUAAAUUAUUAUUAUUAGACAACCUGCAGUAGUCUACACUUAGAUUUAUAUAAAAUGUGACCGCGAUUAAUUGAUAAGUUUUUUUUAUGAAAUGUGGUUUAUUAGCGUAAAUGAUUUUUUUUUCAUAUAAGAAUAAAAUUGAAUUAUGAAAA